AUGGCAGGGACUGCGCGCCAUGACCGAGAGAUGGCGAUCCAGGCCAAGAAAAAGCUCACCACGGCCACCGACCCCAUUGAAAGACUCCGGCUGCAGUGCCUGGCCAGGGGCUCUGCUGGCAUUAAAGGACUUGGCAGAGUAUUUCGAAUAAUGGAUGACAAUAACAACCGAACCCUUGAUUUCAAAGAAUUUGUGAAAGGGUUAAAUGAUUAUGCUGUGGUCAUGGAAAAGGAAGAGGCAGAAGAGCUUUUCCGGAGAUUUGAUAAGGAUGGAAAUGGAACAAUAGACUUCAAUGAAUUUCUUCUCACAUUGAGACCUCCAAUGUCCAGAGCAAGAAAAGAGGUAAUUAUGCAAGCUUUUAGAAAGUUAGACAAGACUGGAGAUGGUGUUAUAACAAUUGAAGACCUUCGCGAGGUGUAUAAUGCAAAACACCAUCCAAAGUACCAAAAUGGGGAAUGGACCGAGGAACAAGUAUUCAGGAAAUUUCUGGAUAACUUUGAUUCACCCUAUGACAAAGAUGGAUUGGUGACCCCCGAGGAGUUUAUGAACUACUAUGCAGGUGUGAGCGCAUCCAUCGACACCGACGUGUACUUCAUUGUCAUGAUGACAACUGCCUGGAAACUUUAA